AGCGGGCACCCGGAAGUAACGUAAGGCAGUCAAAGGUUGCAAUGCAGUGUUAGCUUGCUUGCUAAAUCCCGUGCUCGAGUUGUUUUGGUAGCGUUAACGUUAACUGGGGUUACGGCACUGGGAAGUCUUGCACUUUUUCGAAAUGUUUCGUUGUUAAAUAGGACAAAAUUUAUUUAAUACCAGGUCCCUCACUUGUUUCCCCAUUAAACAUGACUUCCCGACGCCCUGACAGCUUCGACGGGUUAGGUUACAGGGGCAGGGAGGAGCCGUCAUACGGCGGAGGCUACUCGGGAAGGUCGUUUAACAGUUCAUCCAGCAUUGACCUGCAGCACUGGGUCACCACACCUCCGGACAUCCCCGGCAGCAGAAACCUGCACUUCGGUGACAGCACGCCGCAGUUUGAAGCGGCCCCUGCAGCGGAUCCCGGGGCUGGAGACGAGUUCCAGCCAGCUGCUCCACCCUCCGAUCAAUUGAACCGAUUUGCUGGAUUUGGGAUUGGUCUUGCUAGCCUCUUUACAGAAAAUGUUCUCGCCCACCCGUGUAUCGUGUUUAGGCGGCAAUGCCAGGUGAAUUACCACGCUAGAUGCUAUCACCUUUCACCUUUAACAGCUCUUAAUGUGAUGUACAACGUCUCCAAAACUCAGGGUCCGAAGGCUUUAUGGAAAGGGAUGGGAAGCACAUUCGUGGUCCAGGGAGUGACCCUCGGGACAGAGGGCAUCAUCAGCGAGUGCACCCCAUUACCAAGGGAGCUGCCUCACAGAUGGAAUCCCAAACAAAUCGCGGGCCACUUUAUUCUGAAAGGUUUAACACACGUGGUUGCAUUGCCGUUUUACUCAGCAAGCCUCAUUGAAACUGUCCAGAGCGAGAUCAUUCGGGACAACCCGGGAAUCCUGGACUGCAUCAAGGAGGGCAUAGGGCGUGUCCUGGGUCUGGGUGUGCCUCACAGUAAACGCCUCCUUCCCCUCUGGACGCUGGUCUUCCCUACCGUCCUCCACGGCGUCCUGCAUUACAUCAUAAGCUCCAGCGUGCAGAAGCUAGUGCUCUACGUGCUGCAUCGCCGCAGCGGCACCCACACGCAACCCAAACGCACCAAAGUCGGCAUGGAGACGGUCCAGAACAUGCUGGACGCCUAUUUCCCAGAGCUGAUCGCUAGCUUCGUGGCCAACCUGUGUGCUGACGUUCUGCUGUUUCCUCUGGAGACGGUCCUGCACCGCCUGCACGUUCAGGGAACUCGCACCAUCAUCGAUAACACCGACCUGGGCUUCGAGGUGCUUCCCAUUAACUCUCAGUACGAGGGGAUGAGGGACUGCAUACACGCAAUACGACGCGAGGAGGGUCCACUGGGAUUCUACAAGGGCUUCGGGACCAUCGUGAUCCAGUACUCGCUGCACGCAACGGUGCUGCAGAUCACCAAGAUGAUUUACUCAACCCUGCUGCAAAAUGCCUAAAGGACAAACGCACUGCUGACGGGUCCGUUCUUCUCCCUCGAUUUCCACAGCGUUAUUACUUUCAGGAAGCACUUGCAUGACGCAUCAUCCGUAGAAAUGUUAGGCUGCUUUCACAUUGAGUUGAGUUUUUUUUUUUUUUUAUUUCUACAGAAACCACAAUGCCUUUGUGCUGGUUAUCUAAACCUUCUUACAUUCUCUCACUCUAACCGUACCUUCACACUCGCAAUGACUAAGUGACAGGGGCCUGUCGUUCGUGCGGUGAUUUUUUUUUUCCCACAACUGUAAGAGAGACAGUCACAUUUGAACUAGGAUUCUCUCGCUUCUAUGCAAAUUGCAAUCUAUCGCAGUAAAGCAAACGAUCCCUCAGACCUGAGACAAUAUAAUGUAAUAUAUAUAAUAUAAUUACAAUAGGCAUGGUUUCAUCUUAUGCAACCCACUCGCUAAAUGAAUACGGAGACGUCACGAGGGAAAAAUAAACAUCUCGCUUGGAUAACGUUAGCGUGUUUUGCUUAACGAAUAUAUUACGUCUAGCACCUAAUAUUUAACACUUUAACACUGAUUAUAGUGCUUAAUUUAUUUGUUUAUUUAUUUUCUUAGACGUUGCCUGUUUUCCCUCGCUCACCCCGUAAACUGCUGCGUUUUUUUUUUUUUUUUGCUUUUAAUCCACCAUGACGGAAAAAAAAAGAACCCUCGGAGGUGGCACCGUUUUGUUUUCCUUCUGUUUACGUCAAAAUGACCCUGUUGUACAAUUCGAUGAGUAAACAGACCAUUUUUCCACCCCAGAAUUGCACGUCGAUGCUAUUUCCUUUAAUGAGAUAAUAGUAAAAGGUUCAGUCUAAUACACAAAGUUUCCAGGCUGUUUCUGGCACAAGGCCGAGAGCAGAGAUUAGAGAUUAUGUUCAGGACAUUUUCUCCUAGGGGGUUCAAGUUAAAAAAUGAGUGGUAAAUGUCGUCAUUAUGGUUGAGCUCAUAACGUGUUCACCUGCAGUACCGCUGUUUCCAUCAGACCGUCGAUAAGAUGCUGAAAAUCUGAUAACCUAAGAUUUUUUUUGAGACAACUAAAUAAUAAAAAAAUAAACAGCUAGUGUGAAAGCAGCUUAAAAAUUGAGGAUUAGCUUUUUCAAUAAAUGGCAAAGGGUCAUUGGUUCCACUAGAUCAGCACAGCUGUGUGUGUGUGUGUAGCUUUCUAUUUUCACUUUCUCUUCUUUUACUGAUGGAAACUGUACAGUUUCUGUCACUGGUGUGGUUGCAGCGUUUUCCGUACAAACUCCGAUCCAGGAUUUCCAUAGCCUUGCACAGAUCUGCUUUCUCUUCUUUCUUUCAAACCUUUGCUCGUGUUAAAAGCAGACUCGAAUGCUAAACUCUUCAGGACCAGCGUCUAGCGAUUUAUUGUACAUGAAGAAUUAUACAUAAAGUGUUAUUUAGUCGUUUGUAACCAUGUGUAAAUUCGUGCGAACGUUUUUCCGUCUGCUUUCCGCCACAUCGCUAUCACUAGGAUACGGUCUAUAACGCAUUUUUGACAGCAGCACUUUGUUUGGAAGCAAAUGGAAUGUUUUAGCUGCACUUAUCCGAGAAAAUAACAUACAAUACUGUGAUUAAAACUAAAUGUUAUGUAAUCAA